UCAGUAUGGUGAUUAAGAGAGUGAAUAGGCUAACGUUAAAUUUUAAGAACGUUCGGAAAAAACCGUCGAACACAAACCUUCAUAUGUGGAUAAAGAAUGUGUUGAAGUGUACUGUGGAUCAAAUUGUAGGAAUACAAUUUGAUGAUGUUAGGCAUAAAGUGUUUCUCAAGUUGGUAUCAAACGUGACGAUGCAGGCAAUUCUGCAGGAGUUCAGUGACGGAAUAGUCAAAUACGUAGGAGAUGAAGGCGAGGAGGUUGAUGUCUUCAUAACAGAGGAUACUGACGAUGUAUUAGUGAAGAUUUACGAUUUCUCAUUGGAAAUGGACAACCAGAAAAUCAAGGAGAAGAUGUCAAAUUAUGGACAUCAAAACAUUCGAAAUGAGAAAUAUGUUGACGAUGGGCUCUUCAACGUGGAAACUGGAAUAAGAGCAAUGUGGAUAGCCAUGAAAAAACCAGUACCGUCUUAUGUGUCGAUCGAAGGGUGCACCUCAUUGGUUACGUAUUCCAAUCAGGUACGCACAUGUAUGGUUUGUGAAGAACCAGGACAUGAAAGAAAAGAUUGUCCAAAAAGGGAGCUGAAUAGAGUAAAUCACAUAAGCAGACCGAACGAUCCAGUAGUAACUGAUAAUGAAGAAAGGCAGACGGAAAACACAGAGAUGCGGCUGGAAUUUCCUGAAACUCAGAUGGCUGAGUCCACACCAGUAAAUCAAACUAUAGAAGGACAAAAUGAUAAACGGAAGGAGGAAAAGGAGCUCAAUGAAAUUUUUCCGGAAGAAAAAUCGGAGAUUUAA